AAGCCUACUUCGUAGUUUUUCUACAAGGAUAGCCGCUAGCUAGAACCAAUUCGAUUCUUAAGCCAUUUCGCAAUAGAUUCGCGUGGCAGUUGUGGUCCCGGUUCGGUGCUGUUGUACAUUGCAUUUUUGCAAGGAAUUUGAACUCUCAUCUCUUUAAAAAACACCAACGCCAAGAUGAAAAUCUACAAGGAUAUCAUAACCGGCGACGAGAUGUUCGCAGACACCUACAAAAUGAAACUGGUCGACGAGGUUAUCUACGAAGUCUAUGGAAAAUUAAUCAGUCGCAGCCAAGGCGACAUUCAGUUGGCCGGAUCCAAUCCGUCGGCAGAGGAAGCCGAUGAGGGCACGGAUGCGACUACAGAGUCUGGCGUUGAUGUCGUUAUGAAUCAUCGUCUGAUGGAAUCAUUUGCCUUCGGCGACAAGAAAUCCUACACCCUAUACCUGAAGGAUUACAUGAAGAAGGUGCUAGAAAAGCUGCAGGAGAAAUCACCCGACCAGGUUGAUGUCUUCAAAACCAACAUGAACAAAGCCAUGAAGGAUAUUCUUGGCCGUUUCAAGGAGCUGCAAUUCUUCACUGGCGAAUCGAUGGACGUCGAUGGCAUGGUUGCAAUGUGCGAAUAUCGUGAUAUCAAUGGCGAGAGCGUUCCAGUACUGAUGUUCUUCAAGCACGGACUCGACGAGGAGAAAUGCUAGGCGCUUCCACUCCUCUCCUCUCUCUCUCUCUCUGUGUGUGUAUGUUCUAUGUGGUUUGCAUUGCGGCAACAAUAACAACAAGCAACGCCCAAUGCGGACACACAAAAGAAGAACAAGAGCCAGCAAUGAAUGUACAUACAUCCAUACAUACAACAGACAGCAGACAGACAAACAUACUCAACGCAAACCAACCUAUUACAUAUUUCUAACGGAUUUCUUUAGUUACAGUUUCUAUUUUAUUUGGCAACAGUUCGAAAUUUAUGUUUAUGUUUUAUACAAAGUCCAAAUUUUUCGAUUCGAUUUAUGAUUAAUUUCGAUGUAUUAUGUACAGGAAUCAAUGAAUAUAACUGUUAAUUGUAACAAAUUGAGCAAAAUUUGAAGUUGUAGCAUAAGGUCAACUAGGGAAUCAGAGCAAGACCAAACCAGACCGAGCACAGUGUCACGCAGUAGCUAAAAAAUAACUAAAUUAUGGUAAAACUAUUGUAAUUGAUGAAAACAAAAAAAGUCAAAGCGGUGUAAUUUAAUAUUUUUAUAGCAACAACGCAAUUUUUGUAUACUUUCGUUUACGUUUUGAAUACGGAAUGUCAAAAACCAAAAAAAAAAAAAAACAUGAUAACCAGAGGAGAAAGUAAGAACAUUUGUAUGUACUAAAAAAAAACAUUAAAACGGAAACCAUAUACACAAACUGA